AUAAUUGGUUCCAUCAAAAAGAGGUGGCCGUGUGGUUGAUUGCCCUUCACCUAUUCCUGCAUACAAAUUUCUAGAAGAAGAACCCAUGAUCGCUUUACUCUCAAACGGUUAAGUUUGGACGCGAGUUAGGCUCCGAUACCAAUUGUUAGAAUAAGUGACCAACGCUAGAGGGGGGGUGAAUAACGUUUGAUCGUAGAAAUCGCAGGAAUAAAAAAACUUAAAAGAGAAGUAAAGAGAAGAGAUCAAAUCCGACUCAAGCUUGGUGGUAGGCCACAUCAAUGGCAACAUGGAGGCCAAAGGAGAGAAGAUGCAGAAGUACAGAGACUUGGCAAGGGCAUUAUUGAAGGAUCUGACUGAGUAUGUGAUGGAGCAAAUCCCUAGGGGGGAAAACACCGAUGCUGACUUGCUAUCAAAAUUGACGCAAGCAGCCCCGGAGCAUGUGUCCAAGCUGGCCAGGAUUGAGACGCUGGAGAAAGCCAGCAUUGAAGGGUUUUCUGUUAGCAUGAUAGAGGAAGAUGGAACGCCCAAUCCAGAUCGAGUGGAGCCAGAUGAUAUUUGGAUGGAUGACUUGGUCAGGUACUAUAUGACCGGGCAAUUCCCUGAGGAUGAGGAUAGGGUGAGAAAAGUAAAGUUGAGGGCUCCAAGAUUCCAAAUGCUUGAUGGAAGGCUAUACAAAAGGGCAUUUGGCGGUCCGCUGCUGAGAUGCUUGACCAGGGCGGAGGCGGAAAGAGUGAUCGCCGAAGUUCAUGAGGGUGUCUGUGCAGCCCAUCAGAUGUCCAGGACACUCGCACAAAGGAUCCUUUUGCUAGGUUAUUUCUGGCCUACAAUGAACCAAGAUUGUGAGAAGUAUGUGCAAAGGUGCAAGACUUGCCAGGUGUUCUACAAGUUUCCGGGAAGGCCUGCGACAUAUUACCACCCAGUUUCCAAUGUUAUUCCAUUCGCAAGGUUUGGAAUGGACAUCAUUGGGGCCUUCCCUCAAGCUCAAGGGAGGAAGAAGAACGAAUUGGAUAGAGGAAUUGCCACAUAUCAUCUGGGCUUACCGAGUCACUUCGAGAAGGGCCACCGGGGAGACACCUUUCGUCCUUAUGGAUGUGAGGCCAGACUACCCAUUGAAGCAAAGAUAAUGACCUUCCGGGAAAAGAUCUAUGAGGAGAAAGGGAAUGAAGAGGACCAUUUGGCAGAGUUGAACUUUUUGGAGGAAAGGCGGAUGGUCGCUGAGGCUAAAAUGAUAGAGUACCAGCAAGCAGCCAAGGCCUACCAUGAUAACAGGGUAGGGCCUCGUUAUUUCCAAGUCGGCGAUGAGGUCCUGAGACGAAGGGAGGCCAGCAAACCGGGUGAUGGUGGAAAGCUUGCAAAGAAAUGGGAAGGUCCAUAUAGGGUCACAACAAUAUUACGCCCUGGGACAUACAAGUUAGAAACAAUGGAAGGUCGGGAGUUGGAAAGGUGCUGGAAUUCCCACCACCUUAGAAAAUUCUACCGAUAGACCAAAUUGGCAAGGGAUACAUUUGUAAUAUCCCUUCGAUGAUAAAUAAGAGAUUUCUUCAAUACUUGUGUUGCUGGGUCAGUAAUACUAAACUAAUGUCUUGAUG